AUGAACUCGACCUCCCCAGUCUGCGUCGGACCCAUCUUGCAUGCACAGAUUUUGCGUAAGUGUCCGCCCAGAUGUGUGGAAUAUACCAAGAACCCAAGUGCAGCACCCCCUUCCAAUGUGCCUUCGUGCAGGUCCCUGUCAUCCAGUGAGGAUGGCCCCAGUGGCCCUUCCGGCAUGUUGGAUGGGAAGCUUUCCCAGAACUUACAGGAUAGCAUCAAGUACCGCAUCCUCUACCUGUCUGAGCAGCUGAGAGUGGAGAAGGCCAGUCGGGAUGAGAACACCGUGGCCUACCUCAAGCUAGUGUCCAAAGCCAACCGGCACCAGGCCCCGCACAUCCGGGAGGCCUUCGAGAAGGUGAACCAGCGCACCUCUGCCACCAUCGCCCAGAUCGAGCAAAGGCUCCGCCGGUGUCACCAGCAGCUCCAGGAGCUGCAGGGGUGCUGCAGGCCCACAGGCUUAGUGCUCAAGGUGGAAAGCAGCCUGGACAACUUCAAGCAGCCUGGUGAGAAGGCCCCCAAGCUGGGUGGGGAAGACUGCCUGCCCGCCAGCCUGCCUGAUGUCAGACAUGUCACUCUGGAGAGUCACUUCCCGGGCUUAAAGCCGGGGAAGUAUGUGGCCCAGCAGCAAAACCUGCUGUUGCAGAAAGAGAAGGAAGAGCUCAAAGAAGUUAAGAAGCUCUCCACCGGCCUCCAGGCGUCCUAUCAUAGUCUAAAGGAAACGUAUGUGAUGGACCUGCAGGUGUCGCUGCAGUCUCUUCAGGAGGAGAAAUACAGACAAACACUGUUGGAAGAGCAGGUGAAGAACUACAUGCAGGGGCACCUGAAUGAGGUUUACCACCUCAAACAGAAUCUGGUCUGCACCGAAGAGAGAAUGGCUUAUCUGUCCUUUGAGACAACCAAAGAAAUAUGGGAGGUCAUGGAGAAUUUCAAGAGCCGAAUAUCCAAGCUAGAAACUUUACAGCAAGCCACCCGGCUGAGGAUGACGGACAACCUCAGAAGCCAUGCCCGGGAGUUUUUGUUCAGAUUUGUGAGCCUGCUCCUCACACUGGCGACCUUCCUCUUGAUCUGCGUCUCCGCCGUGUGUACCUGCCCCUUGCUGCUGGCCAACUCCCGCCUGCGCGUGGGCACCACGCUCAUGCUGGUCGGCCUUGGGGCCCUGGCCUGGCAGAAGUGGCACACCAUCCCCAGUACAGACUGGCAGGCGUGGGUCGCCUCCACGUGGAAACUGUAUUCCAAGGACUCCAGGCCUCCAUCAGAUGGACCUUCUGCCUGA